AUGCUUUACGAAACCUUUUUAUCAUCACUAUCUGUGUUCAUGUUUUGUUUGAGCUUUCUCCUGCUGCACAGAGUGAGUGUUUUAGAAAGUGAUCUCCAUAAGCUCCAAGGAAACGCAAUUCUACAAUUAAAUCAGCAGCUUUCUGCAGGAGACAAAGGGAAAAUUGCCCAGGUGUCUCAAACAAGGGAGAACAUGAAGCCAAGAGUUUUCCAAAGAGCUCAGAGUUCUCUGAAGAUCUCUUCUAGCAGGGUAAAAAGGGAACCGAGCGGCUGCAGAGCUCCAAUGUCUUUCCUGCAGUUAAAGGCUAACACAAACAAACAGCCAGAGAGAAGAGGAAAUAUAACAGUGAUCCCCUGGACUGUUUCUGUACAGCGAGGAAAUACGAUUUCGCAAAGGGAAAACAGGGUUGUUGUCCAAGAAGACGGUUAUUACUUGGUGUUUGGACAAGUUCUUUCUGAAAGUGAAGACGAAGUUACAGGUCAUGUUAUUCAAAGCUGGAGCUCCACCGAGGCCGGGAGGAGAUCAGCAGAGCUCUUGCGCUGCCUGCAGGACAUGCCUGAUCAAACUCAUGGAAAUACGUGCUACACUACAGGCACCGUGCACUUGCUUCAGGAUGACGAACUGGAACUCGUGGUCGCGUACCGACCUUCCGCCCUGAUCGCCAUGGAGCCUGAUGCAACAUUUUUUGGUGUCAUGCAGCUCAACUGA